UUCCGGUGUCGUUCCGUCUAACUGUGGUGAACUUACCGCAAUUCAUGGACCGCAGGCUUGCGCCACUUGAUGCCCCCACAUUCACACACACACACACACACACACACACACAUUCCUCCAGUGACUGUGUUGGGUUCGCCUCGCUUCCAGAAACGGGCGUGCUUUUGGAUUUAGCAGCCGGUGCCUCGGUGCCUCGGUGCCUCGGUGCCUCCGUCCAGCGAUGCUGUGAAGAGAGAACUGCUUCAGACAACUGGAGUUAAUGUGAGAGCAGUAUUACAGAGAUGUCAAUCCCUUCCAGUUAGCGACAACUCUGCAGUGAUGGGGAUUUAAAGGAGAGUCUGCAGCUCUCCUCUCAGGGACAGUCUUCUGCAGCCCUUCUCUGGUCACGGGCCUCCCUGGCAUCUCCAUCCAUAUCAUUCCUCUUUUCAUCCACCCAUCCUUCCCCUUGUCAUGAAAGGCCUGUCCAGUAGUCGGAGCCACCAUCACGUGGUCUCCUAUGAACCAUCAUAUGAUCCACUGGGUCAUCAUGUUGACCGCAAGCCAUAUUUAAUCAGUCAGAAUGACAUGCCUGUACCCAUUCCCAUGCCGCAUCCAGCUGAGCUGCCCUACUACAAUGCUCAGCGUACCUCGUACCCCUCUGACAGCAACAGCAUCGUCCCAUACGGAACCUUCCCAAGGAGGUGUCACUCCACCUCCUCUUCUCACCAUCCUGAGGUAAAGGAUGAGUGUAUGGCCAUGGUACCAUAUGUAGGAGGAGGAGGGGGAGGAGGAGGAGGAGGUGGAGGAGGCUAUGGAGGUAAAACGCCCACCCGGGUACCGGCAAACUUUGCGGACCCGUUUGAGCGUCAGCCGUCAUUUUCCAGAGAUGGCUACCAUACACUGCAGUAUAAACGAGGAGUGUUGGCCCACAGUGGGGGAAUGGGGGCCAACAACAACAACAGUGACAGCCCAGGGAGAAUUCGCCACCUGGUCCACUCAGUCCAAAAACUCUUCACCAAGUCACAUUCAUUGGAGGGGCCACACCACACACAGUCCUCCAAGGGGGCCAAUAAUGGGAGCGUUAAUGGUGGUGGUGGUGGUGGAGGAGGUAGUGGUGGUGGUUCAAGGGCCAGCCCAGAAGGUGAAACUCCACCAGUGGGAGUGCGCCACCGGAAGCGCAGCAAGAGCCGUGAGCGCUGUCGAUCAGCGGAGCCCAAGCAUCGAAGCCACCACCACCACCACCACCAGCUCCACGGCUCAGCAUCUGCUCCGGGCUCCGGAUAUUGGAGCUCAGAUGACAACCUGGAACGGGAGCUGUGUCUCUACCACCCUCACCACCACCAACCUCCACCCUCACCCUCACCCUCCAUUUCCCCCUCGCCCAUCGCCAUGACAAUGGGCCGGUACCCCGGCAAUAACCUUGACAAGUUCCCCCAGACUCCCCUCCCCAGUCUCUCCUCCUCACAGUCCCAGCAGUACUUCAUGAUGGACCCUUACGCCACACUCAACGAGCACACACACACCCAUGCACACCAUGGCCACACACACCACCAUUCUGCACUCAAAGCCUCCCGGAGCAACAACGAUGUGAAGUAUGCAGCGUCGUCGGCAUGUGUGCCAGUUAGUGGUAGCAGCAAUAACAGCGGUGGCGGUAUCGGUGGAGGAAGUGGCCCCUUGCUGCCACUGGGUCUUGUGGACGGGCCCCUUGUGAAGAAAGGGGCAUGGUCGUCGAGCCUAACGGUGAGCAGGGCCCGAGAGGUCUACACCAACAACAGCAGCCACAACCAGCUACGAGCCAGCGCAGGAUCCGGUAACCUAAACCUAGAUAGAGCUCUAGUCAAAUCUAAGGGCAGUCAGCAGCAGGAGCGCUCUUGCCAUUUCUUACAGGUACCUCAGGAUGAAUGGAGUGGCUUCUCUCCUUUGGGGAAGGAGGACGACAUCCCCUGUCGGAGGAUGAGGAGCGGCAGCUACGUCAAAGCCAUGGCCGAAGACGACAGUGGAGACUCUGACGGGAGCCCCAAACCCUCUCCCAAGAUCCAGGCACGCCGGGCCAGCUACCUAAAAGCUACACAGCCAUCACUGACUGAGAUGACCACUCUACAGAUCUCGACGGAGCACUCCCCCAAACUGCAGAUCAGAAGCCACAGUUACCUGCGUGCGGUGAGUGAGGUUUCAAUCAAUAGAAGCCUGGAUACCCUGGACCCCAAAACCCUCCUCGACCCCAAAUCGCUGCUGUCCUCACCCCAAUACCGCUCACGAAAUGAAAGCUACAUGAGGGCUAUGAGCACCAUCAGUCAGUUGAGUGAGGUGGAGGUGAAUGGGCAGAUUGAGCAGGUGUGUGAGCAGGUCUACAGUGAAAUGCAGUCCCAGGCUAUGGAGGCUGCCAUGGACAGCAUGGACACCAUGGACACCCUGCCUAUGCCCGGAUGCUUCCGGAUGCGGAGCCACAGCUACGUGAGAGCAAUCGACCAGGGCUGUGCUGGGGAGGAGGAAGGAGAAGGAGGGAGGCCGCUGCUCCUGCUGCCAUCCUCCCCGCCACGCACAUCUGCCACCACCGUCAGAACCAUCCAGAGCAGCACAGUUUCAUCUUGCAUCACCACCUAUAAGAAAACCCCCCCACCUGUGCCGCCCCGGACUUCCACCUGCUCCACAACCAAGCCCUACAUCUCCAUCACAGCCCAGAGCAGCACAGAGUCCGCGCAGGAUGCAUACAUGGAAGAGGAGGGACCCAGAGGUGACAUGACCAUCCAAUCAGGGCUCAGUAACUCAACAGAGAGCAUUGACAGCAUGAAGGCCCUGACAGCCGCCAUAGAAGCUGCCAAUGCACAGGUCCACGGACCAGCCAGUCAACACGUCAGUAACAGCACCAUGACAGUCAACACCCCCACCCCAAUCUUGACCAGGAGGCCAGUUGUUGAAGACCACCGGGAUGACUACAGGAAAGAAGCACUCAGGAAGGGCAAAUGUCUCUCCAUAGGCAUCCAGGUGGAUGGACCAGAGGAGAUUCCCGAUCCAGAGGACCCAUCCAAGUUUACAUCUGUAGGGGUGCAAGUGGAGGAUGACAGAGGGUAUCGUCGGUUCCAGCGCUCCAACAGUGUGACAGCAGCUGUACAGGCAGAUCUGGACUUGCCAGACCUGCUGGACACCCCUCUUGACUCCCCAGACACCGACAUGGAAGUCCUGUCAUCUGGUGGCAUCUCUCGACAGUACUCUCGUGAUGCCGCAACCUCCACUGUCAGCAUCCAGGGCUCAGGGAACCAUUACCAUGCCUGUGCCUCUGAUGACUAUGAGGAUGUGGGCUUUGACCCGUCCAUUCUCCCCCCUCCGGACCCCUGGAUAGACAGUGUAUCAGAUGACCCACUUGAUGUCAAUUUCAACAGCUCUACUAUUCUGGAGGUGGUGCAGCGGUCAGUGUGUCAGAGAGAUGGACGCUGGUUUCUGAAGCUGCUGCAGGCAGAGACCGACCGCUUGGAAGGAUGGUGUCGACAGAUGGAGAUGGACCAACGCGAGAAUGCCCUGCCUGAAGAUAUACUCGGAAAGAUGAGGAGUGCCAUCGGAAGUGCUCAGCUCCUGAUAUCCCAGAAGUUUCAACAGUUCAGGGAGCUGUGUGAGGAGAAUCUGAACCCCAACGCCCACCCUCGUCCUGUAGCCUCAGACCUGGCUGGUUUCUGGGAUAUGCUUCAGCUGUCGAUCGAGAACAUAAGCCUCAAGUUUGAUGAGCUUCACCAGCUCAGAGCCAACAACUGGAGACCCUUGGAUCCCCCUGAGAGAAAGGAGAGGCGGCUCCCACCUCCAGUGCCAAAAAAGCCACCCAAGGGCCCCCACCACCACCCCCCUCUGGCCAGAGACCGCUCACUGGAAAGCUCAGAGAAACAGCGGCAGGAGGCCAGGAAGCGCCUGAUGGCUGCCAAGAGAGCUGCAUCCGUACGACAGAACUCCGCUACAGAGAGCGCUGACAGCAUUGAGAUCUACAUCCCCGAGGCUCAGACAAGGCUAUGAGGACACUACCAGGGACACACACAGGGUUGACAUGCAGUACACACACACACACACACACAAUACACAACAAAAACACAAAAAUGUAUGGUUGUCCACACCAUAGUACAGUAUAUGGGUGUAACAGAAUAUGAAUACUUGGCUAUGCACAGGUCAUGUCCUCUGAACAGAUACAUAAAAAAACAUAACAUUUGACUUUCUGCCCGAAUAUUUCACUGGAACCUGACGGCUGCUCAUCAGGAGUGAUACAGUGCUUCCAAAGUGUUCAUGAUAAUACUAAGCACACCCACACACACACACACACACACACACACACACACACACACACAAGAGAGCAAGAGGUUUAGUACUUGGCCCAUACAGAUAUACCAAUAUACCAGUAUCAAUACAGACAUUGUUGUGACAUGCACAAAUAUGACAGAGAUAGAGCUAAAAUGUUCCUAAAUGUUCCAUUCAAAUCAUCAUUUGGAGACACUGAGUCGACUCUUUUGGCACUCAAAUCAUUGCGCUUCUGUUUUAUAUCUAGCUGCGUCAUUGUACACAGAGCAGACCUAAUGACAGCACACAGUCAGCUAUCCUGUAUAGAAGAGAAAACAUCAUAAGCACAUUACAAAUGAAACUUCAGAAGGUGACCUCCCCAUGGCAAAUAGAGACAGUAGGCAUCCAUCCAUUGAAUGGAUCUUAUGGUGAGAUUGUUUUGUCGUACCUAUUUGGUAUGAGAGAAAGAUUGUGGUCAUACGAGUUGUAGAGUAUUUCAUACACUGAUGGUCCAUUUAGUCAGUGGAGAGAACGCGUACAGGAGUUCAAGAUGUCUAAAAGGUUUAUUGAGGCUCGGCCAAGGAGAAUGGAGGAUUUAUUAAUACAAGAUCAGGAAGCAAGGAGGAAGCUCCGAUGAUGAGGAUUCAUACUGCACCUACCAGUGUGGAACAGGAACUGGUCAGACCAGCUCAUUUGUACGCACUAACAAGUACACGUACAUCUUCAGAGAUAACCUGCCGUCAUUUUGUCCAGCCAACAGUCACAACAGCUUUAUGUGCUGCAGAGUGUGCAGAGUCAGCUUAUUCAUGACGUGAUUUGACUUUGAAUGUUACACAAACAUGCACAGUACUGAGGUGCUGGACAAUCUUACAUGCACGCACACACACACACACACACACACACACACACACACACACUCACAGUAGUAAACUCACAAACAUAAUUUUUUUUUCAUGAAAACACAUGCACACUGGUUUACACUCACACCGUGAACACAUCAGCACUCACAGGUAAUUCUUUCAGGUCUUGUGGCGGUAUGAACUCUGCAGGCUGUUGUAAUAUAAAAACAGUGUAUCUCUCUUCCCUCUGGAGAAGAGAACGCCAUGAUCACUGUUUAUCUUUCAUCUUCCUCUCCGUCUCCACACUGCAUCACUUCUUUAUUGAACAGAGGACUUUUGUGUAAUGAUCAACUGAAACUUCGGUGUAUUUCCAUAGUUUUGGACGUCAUUCUUUUUUUCCCGACGUGUCACAGCUGUGUUCUUGGCUCACGGGGACUCCACAGGGCACAAACAGCAGCUGUCAGACAGCUUUGAAUCAAGUUUUCUAACUUAUUCAGAAUCAUAAUAGGGAUUUGCUUCAAAACUGUCUAAUGUGGUCGCCCCAUCUGUAAUUUAGAAAUUUAGCUUUUGAUGACCAAAACUACAAAAAUAAAAGAUUAACUGUAAAUAAACCAAAUUUUAUUUGACCCUCCCUGUGUACCAUAGAAAGCCAUCAAGUGAAUUAUAAAGUGCUAAAACUGGCAGAGACACUAUGUCACUGGGUAAACAUGCCUAAUAACAGCAGAUGAACUGAUUCGGGUGAUUGUAUGAUCACUGCCUGUGCACAGGUCACACACUGUCUCCCUCUUUGGUUUGAUCUUCACAUCUAUUUUCCUUCUUGGAUUUCAAAGUGAUUUCUCUGACAGGGUACAAUAGCAAUACUUAGUGACGAUAGUGACUUUUAUGGAAGUACUGAGAGAUUUAUUAUGUAACACAAGACAUAAGACAUAAUAUAAUAAUAUCAUUAAUUAUAAUAUAAUAUAAUGAAUAAGAUGGAAUGAGACUGAAUCAACUAUGCAGUGCAGCAUUAAUCUCAUGGCAUCUCUAACGUAGUUACUCCAGUUGUGCAAUUAAAAAAUGUUUUUGCUUCAUUCGAUAGAAAAAUGUUCAGAUGCACCUGGCCAACAUUCAGACAGGUUGUAUUAAUAGAAUUCAUAUUUAUUCUGAUAUUAACACAUAUCUGAAACUGCAUUUUUCUUUGUGUAGACAGCUUCAGCUAAGUUUGGACAUGUAAAUUUAGCCAGUAGUAGUAAUCCAGUGCUGGCCAAGCAAGAGCUGACAGUGGAUUUUCAGAUCCCAAUGAGACAACACAUAAAACUGUCAGGUGAACUUCAUUCUUAGCAUUACAGUGAGCUGUACAGAGAUGAGACCAUUUUAAUCUACACUGUAUCUUUGACCCAUUUUCAAAUCUUACACACAAAGUCAUUAUGUUGUUGAUGUUGAUGAUGAUGUCUGAGAUGACUUGACAUUAUCAUAUAGCUAUAUAAAUGUUAUUGAGUGGUAACUGAAUUCUAUUGGCAAAGGGCCUGGUCACAUUAAACAUGGGCAAGUUGCAGUUCCUGCACAUGUCAUUGGCUACGUUACAGCUACCGCUGUCAGUUAAACGGUAGCUUCUAAUAAAGAUGACAAAUUGGUCCACUAUUAAAUGACAGCUAGCAUUAUGCCAGCACCAUAACACAGCCGUCAUCGUACAUCCACUAAAAGUGCUUGUUUUUGCCACUGCUGGGCAUUCAAUGCUGGACCAAUUUUAAAAAUGUUCUCCUUAUCAGUCAUCUACUCCCAAACUAGCUAUAGAACCUGCUGAGCUCCUUCAUUUUCGACUCUGCUGUGUCCUCCUCAGAGGUCAGGAAAGUCAGUAAAUGAGUAUAUCUGCUCAUAAUGAUUGCCUCCAGUUGAAUUCAGUUCAGUGGGAACUGACAUAAAUGUUUGUGUGAGCAGGCUCUCAGCCACAUAGAAAUCCUGUGAAGGGCGGUGAAUGUGCUUUACAUUACUGGUUUCUGUGUACCAUUGUAGACUCUCAAAGGAUUAUUGUCAAGGGGAAUUUUCCUUUUUUUUCUACUUACCCAGACUUCUUCUUUCCUCUGCGUGUUAUUUCAAAGAAUGAAAACUACUGCUGAGCUCAGUCAGCAGUUACAUUCAGAGAAGUUCUACUGACCUCCAAAGAUGAGAGGCUCAUGAUUGGAAUUAAGCUGCACUUGAUAAUUAGGCUUGUUUCCGUUGGUGAGUGUGUUCAUGUAUCAAAGUGUGACUCUGGCUAACUAGGAAGAAUAGUUAACUCCACCCAAAUCAUUCAUGUACUAUGAUCAUUUUCCUGUGCAUUAGUCACGGAAAUGACAAUAUGGCUUUUUGUCACAAAACUUGAACAUAUAUCUUUUUUAUAUCUCUCUAAAUAUCUAAAUAUAUUUCUAGUUUUUGAGUUUUGAAAACUCGAAAAUGUGAGUGGCAAACAUGAUCCAGGUAUCUAACCAUAAAAACACAAAUAUUUCAAUGUUACAACAAUUUCUAUGUUUUUAUUUUUAAACUUUGAUGCUUGCCAUGAUUUCUAUCUAUCCCCAAACUAUUCUGCAUAUGUGGAAAUACUGUUUUGAUUUGAAUCCAGCCUUAUCGUCAUUUCUGUGUCACUUUAAAGGAGCACUCCAGUGGCUCCACUCAGCCUGUGAAUACAGCUGCGUUCUGUCUUCUGCAUCUUUUGAGGAGCUUUGUCAGAAAAUAACACCAAUGACAUCAGAGUGUUGUCAUCAAGGUUAUCUUAGUUUGGGCUUGGAGAAUUCGAGUUCACAGAAAGUCUGCGUGAAGUGAUUGGAUUCACUAUGUUUGCAGGACAGGAUAUCUCGGCCUCUGCUGCUUCAAUGUUUGAUUCUUUUUUUUAAUCUAUCUCCUGAGAGUCCCCACCUUCAUGCGAGUGCAUUUCUGGACAAAAUCCCACAAAACAAAAAAACAAGCAAUCAAAAAGCACACCAAGCUUAUUAUUAGGUUUGGACUCAUCACUUCCUGUACUCAGUGAACAGACUGAUUCAAUUUGGUCACAGAGGUGAAUCAACACUCAGUCAGAUGAGAAGCUACUGUCUGUUACUGCUACACUUGGACUUUUUGACUGGAGUACUGAAGUGCCAUAAGAAGACAUUCCAAAUCCACCUGGAUUUCAUAUUCCAUGUUUCAGCUCCACAGCUGGACCAGAACUGGUUUCAGCAGUUCCAAAGAAAACAUCUCUGGGAACGAGAUGAGUUUCUUUGAGCCACUUUAUGUUGUUUAUCUGUGACAAUACCAUUUAUACUACUCCUACUUAUGCCAACAUUUAUUGUGAUGACCUCUUAUAUAACUGCCAUUCAUUUCUCCAGAGUCACACUCUGGAAAUCAAAAGUAGGAUUCACAGGAUUCUACAGACUUUUGUAUGAUGAUGACGAUGAUGAUAAUGUGUUGUUGAUGAAAGUAUUCCGUAUUUAUUUUCUUCUUUUGUAAAGAUUAGUUGUGCGUGUGUGGGGAGGGGAUGUAAUUUUGUACAGGAGCUGAUUACCUCUGUGUUUAAAUGAUGACAGUGACAAUGACAGUGAGCCAUAUUCAAUGUGAAAUACCCUUCUUAUAAAGAGGAAAGGGCCAUACAGAUGCUGAAAGUUUCUUUUUUUCUUUCUUUUACUAAAUCAUUUUUUUAGUGUUCCAGUAGCAAGCUUACUGUGUGUGUGUUUGGGAGGAACAGUAGAGCAGGAACAACAUAACACGAAUGUGAACUGUGGGAAACAGAAGGAUAUGCACAUAGGAAAUCUUUAGUGUUCUCGUUAGGCUCUGGAAGCUUCUCAUAUGAAAACUGUGAUGACUUCAGACAUGAUGACUCACAUUAGAAUGAAAAAAAAACUCUGCCUUCUAAGUUGAAGAUGGAAAAUGGUUCCAGGAGAAGCUGUGCUGUCAAAAGUGACAAAUGUGAGACAUUCAUACAAAAAGGGGAAAACUAUGGAAGACCAUGGCUGCCAAUAUUCAGUCUAACUGAAUAUUCAUUUUGUUUAAUUUAUUCUACUUUAUUUUUAUUUUACUGUAUACAUAUUUUAUUACACUGAACUCUCAAAAUGCUAUUGUGUGCCACGCGACAAAGUUUGUUCCCCCUUUAUUAUUCAUUCGUGGUCACAAGAUACAAUUCAUUUCCACAUUUUUGGUUCAUUGGUUUGUGCAUGAGAUAAGUUUAUAUACAGAUCAGGAUGUUAUGCUGAUUGUCAUUGAUUGGAAUAGUUAUUUUUGGGAAUUCAGAUAAGCUGAGAAUCACCUAAAAUGCAAGUUGGACUGAAGCUACUCCACAGUAACUUCAGUGCUAUGUCUCAUAAACUAGAUGCGAUCUGAAUCUGAGUCCAAGGGGUCACACACUGUGGAGUUCCUCUACUCCUAGCUCUUACUAUACUAUAGUAUAUUACACUUACACUAUACUAUACUAUACUAUACUAUACUAUACUAUACUAUACUAUACUAUACUAUACUAUAGGUUUCCUAUAAAUAAAUGAAUAACACACAGUAUUAAUAAACUAAUAAGGGUUGAAUGGCAAUAAAGAAAGGUUAGUAUUCAAAUUGACCACAUGGUGGCUCUCUAAUGGUGUUCACAAGACAAGUUUACCUGAAGGAUCAUUUGUGGAGAAAAAAUAGUAAACAGUUGCAAUAAACAGCUCUUAAGGAUGCUGAAUAAUAACAUUCACAUGAGAAUUUGUACAAAGUCUGAAGUCACACUUUGUCAGGUCUUUCUGUAAGAUGACAAGCAACUUCUAAAAUGCUUCUUUUCUUAGAGUUUAGUUGAUCAGGACUAUAUUCUAACUUAGGUCAUGGUAUAACCCAUAAUUCAAAUCAACACCAAUGUAUAUUGAUUCUGCACUGAAAUGGAAUAUACUUUUAUUAAAUCAACCUUCUGUGGGCAAAAUGGACACAUGAACAUAUUAGUAUGCUGCAUGUGUGGGAACAAAAUUGGAUCUCGUGUGCACAGAAUAGCGUAUACAUAUGUUUGAUAAAAAAGCAAUUUCCAUUUGUUUCUGUAUGUUUGUAUGUAAUCAAGACGAAACUUUAAAUUGCAAUUCAAAAUUAAAACAAAUUUUAAAAUGUAUAAUUACUGUCAAAAUUCAAAAGUACCCUUUAACAAUUUAAAGUGCAUUUUCUGAGGCUCUUUAUGCCUUUAUUGGUCAACAGCGGCAGCUUUAGACAGACAGGAAAUUAGUUGGAACUUUGCCAUCCAGACUGAAGAUAGCUUAGCUUGCUUCAGUCAAGUGUUAUGUUCACCAUACAAACAUGUAAGAUAAUGUCAUUAUAAAGUGUUGUCAAUAGAAUUACUGAUACAUUUUGGCACUAAUUCAAAUGAAAACAUUUUUAAAUUUUAUAUUUAGAUUUUUGUCAUACACACAAAUUGAAAAUUAUGAUAUAAUUUUUUUUUUUUUUUUAAACUGGCAGUCCUGGACUUCCAUAGAGAUGACCUUGGAUGCAAUGCUGCUGAAAACUUUCAAUCAAUAGCGUGCUUGAUUUGGCUUUGUGUGCUUUUUUUCCUCAGGAAGAGAGGGGAAAUGUAGUCUUUAAAAUCAGGGUCUCCCAGACAUUGUUGUCUGUUACUCAAAUGUGUGUGUGUGUGCAAGAGUCUGUGUUUUAAAGUUUGUAUGCGAUUCAUAUGUAAAUAUUACCAUAAUGGAAGAUGCACUGUGUGUGUGUGAGGUCUCUAUAAAGUGCUUCCUGAGUCCCUUGUUUUCUAUGUUAGGCCUUUCCUCAGUACGGUCUAGUAGCCUCUUAGAGUCAUUCUGUAUAUUAACUCCACUCAUACCUGCGACAGAUCACUUGUGUUUGUACAGAAAAUGGUUGAGUAUGUUUCAUGACGCAUGCAGACACAAUAUUAGUACUUACCAAUCUAUAUCUCAGUUGAAACAUGUAUUUGGUUUAUUUAUGCUCUUAUUUAUUGAUUUUUUUAAACUAUGAGGUUCUGUUGAAGUGGUCUGUCAUGCUCUUCUGAUCUUCUGUUGUAUUGUAAAGAGAUGAUUAUAUGUCCAUAACUAUUGAUGAACC